AAGAAAGAGAGAGAAGGAAAAAAACAGACUCGGUUGUUUUGGCUUUGGUUCAUGCUCUUUUCGACGAAGACUCCCUUCUCAGCUGGAUUCAGAUCAUCCACAACAACUCCUUCUCCCAAAUCCACGUCCAAUCUCCCUUUUCAUAUUCAUCUCUCUGAAUCCCAAAUUUUCAUCCAUCUUCACAUUCUUAAUUCACCGAUCGCUAUUAUUAUUCUCUCUCUAGAUAUGCAUAUAUAGGAUGUGAAUGUGAUUGUUACCAAAACGGACGUAAAUAUUUGUGGGUGGUGGGAACAAGCAUGCACCGAGUGAGGGUGGAUGCACGUGAGUGAAACCAGAACAAGCGGCGAAGAAUGGCGAAUCGGGUGGUGAAGGUGAAGAGGGAGACGAUUGCGGCAUGCAUGACUUGCCCCCUCUGCAACAAGCUCUUCAGAGAAGCCACCACCAUAUCCGAAUGCCUUCACACGUUUUGCAGGAAGUGCAUUUAUGAUAAAAUCACAGAUGAGGAAUUAGAGUGCUGUCCAAUAUGCAACAUUGACUUGGGUUGUGUUCCACUCGAAAAACUAAGGCCAGACCACAGUUUGCAAGAUGUAAGGGCCAAAGUUUUCCCCUUAAAGGGAAGAAAGGUGACAAAGACACCUGAACCUGCUGCCCCCUCGGUACCAUUACCAGCUAGAAGAAAGGAGAGAUCUCUUUCAUCUUUGGUGGUCAGCACUCCAAGGGUAUCUGCACACGCAACCAUGACAGGAAGAAGAACAAAACCUACAAGAAAGGCUGGUAGUCUGCGAUCCUCUAGUUUUUCCAUCGAAAAGUCCGUUAAAAAGGAGGAAGAAGUACUAGAAGAUCAUCCUGGGAGUUCAAGUUCACCGGACACUUCAAAUAGGUUUGCUGAAGAUACUCGACAGAGUUCAUCCCCUCGUGAAGGCAGUCAACCCUUACCAAAUAAAGGAACAGAGAAUGGUGCCGAAUCAUGGGAUGCAAAAUUGGAUCUUUGGAAACCCUUGAAUUGUUUAGUAGAAGUUGCAAGUAGGAGCAAAUCUUUCAAGUCUAAUGCACAAGGGUCUGAUGCUAAACCAGAAACCAUUCAAGUAAAUGAGACUGAUUCUCAAGUGCUAAAAACCAAAAAUAAGGAAAAUAAACGCAAGGGGAAGACUGAGGAUGAAAAGACUAGCAGUUGUCCUGUCUCUUCUGAUACAGUGAAACCCAAUAAAUCGCGUAGAGUUCGGCGUAGAAAGGAACCCCCUUUUGGGGAAUCAGGCAUAUUACCCCAAGCUGUGCUGGAUUCUAACAGCAGUAAACACUUAAGGAGUUGUCCAAUUUGGUUCUCCUUAGUAGCUUCUGAGAACCAGGAAGGAGACGCACCCUUGCCUCAAAUUCCUUCAAGUUAUGUGAGAAUAAAGGAUGGAAGCAUACCUGUCUCAUUUAUCCAAAAAUACUUAGUGAAGAAACUAGAGCUGACCAGUGAAGCAGAGAUUGAGAUUAAAUGUAUGGGGCAACCAGUGCUCCCUACACUGCGGCUACAAAAUUUGGUUGAGUUGUGGCUGGAUUCAGCCGCCACGUCACAGCGGAUUCCAGCAACCAUUGGGUCAUCAGCAAAGGAUUUUGUGAUGGUCCUGGCCUAUGCUCGGAAGGUCCCAUAUCCUUGAUCAUGGUUCCCCCCAAAAUUCACAAUUUUUAAUGCAUCUUGAAAAUGUUGACCACAGCAUAAUUUCCCCACCUGCAUGGAUACUGAACAUGGCUUCUUCUUCUGGCACCAUUGCUGCCAAAAGCAGUUAUAUCUUGGAGGAUAAGAAGGGCCAAAUAAAUUAAUUAUAAGGAACUCUCCUCCAUACGAACCAUAAUCCUUCUGCCAUUACUGUAGCAUGAUGAGGUUGGUCAUUGUAAUGAUCAUUACAACAUGAUUUUUCAGUGUUCUCCCCCAUUCCUUUGGUCCAAUAAUUUGAAAUGCACAUGUCACAUAGAGAUAUAAAGUAGGUAUAGGCCACCAUGUGUAGUUAGGAGAGAUUAUUUAUUGUGAUUUUGACAUUUAAAUCGAGAGGAUAUUUUUUGGUUUCUUUUUAAUUUUGAUAGAUGUUUUAAUGGA